ACCUACACUACUGAACCAUGGGGCAGCAAAACAACCAUUAGUGCGAAACAAGGUCCUCCUGCGAUAUUUGCACCAAAACAUAAAAAGUAAACACAUGUGGAAAGUGAAAAUGGCUGAUAAUGUAAUUCUGUUCUCUUAUGCAUGACGCAAAUGGUAAGGGAUCAGCGGUAAACGAGGCCACGCAUUGUCUCCCCCGCCCUCCCUCUCCUCCAGGACGCAAGCUGAUUGGCCGAGGCCUAGCAAAGAGCGCCCGGGGAUCCAAAACUGCAGGCCGCACUUAGCUUACCGUGAAAAAUAAACCAAAACAAUAACAGACAAAACCAAGAAGAAAGAAUAACAUCGUUAGAAACAGAAGACGACACUGUCAGAACUUUAAACAUUUGGUGACUUGAUGGGGGAAAGUGAAUAAAACCCAGCUGCUGCCUCUGAGGAACAGGUCAAAUGUGAAGUCUUUUUUGUAUUAAACAUGGACCAAGGAGGAGGAGUGUUGGAGCUACACACACAAGAGUUGAAGAUGCCCCAUACUAUGAUCAUGCAAGACUUCGUUGCAGGAAUGGGGGGUCUGGCUCACAUCGACGGUGAGCACAUUGUCGUGUCAGUGCCUGAGGGAAUGCUUCUCUCUGAUGUCAUGACUGACGAGGGCAUCCUCCUGGAGCACGGUCUAGAAGUGGAGGGCCUAGAGACACAAGUGGUUGAAGGACUGGAGACUGAAGUCGUGGAGAGCUUACACACAGAUGUCGAUGGUCUGGAGGCGAGUGUGGUAGAGGGGCUGCAGACUCAGGUAGUGGAGCUGGAAGCCCAAGUAGUGGAGGGCCUGGAGGGAGAGGUGGAGGUCGAAGGACUUGAAGCACAUGUUGUUGAAGGUCUGGACACUGAUGUGGACGUGGACGGGCUGGAGGCUCAUGUUGUGGAGGGGCUGGAGGCUCAUGUAGUGGAGGGGCUGGAGGAGGAAGUGGAGGUGGAGGGGCUGGAGGCGGAAGUGGUGGAGAGUCUGGAGGUGGAUGUGGAAAGCCUACAGUCACAGGGGGUGGACAGCCAUGACAUGAGCAGUGAGGACAUGGGGCCACCGGAGCACAGUGUCAUUAUGCCUGACAACAUCCUUGGAACAGAAGUUGCCAUUGAGGAGGCUCUGGACUCACAUCACCACCAUGUCUUAACUUCAGACCUUAUUCAGGAUUCAGGCCACCAUGAUGACAUGCCAGACCAGGUGUUUGUGGCAGAGCUGCUUUCAGAGCACCAAGACAACACUUUGGAUCAUCAGUUGGUGUCAGAGGGUUUGAUGGUAACAGAGGCCAACGCUGAAACCAUUAUCCACGAACAGUUACAAACUACAGCUGUUCCUCUUCAGACCGAUGAAGAUGAUGAUGCACAAAGUAGCUCUGAGGAUUACCUCAUGAUUUCCUUGGAUGAGGUGGGAGAAAAGCUGGACAUUGGUGACACUCCUCUUGAAAUCAGCACAGAAGUCUUGGAGGACAAAGAAUCCAAAGAUGAGGAUGGCUCAGAGGUCAUCAAAGUCUAUAUUUUUAAAGCUGAAGCUGAUGAUGAUUUAGGGGGGACAGAGGUGAUAACAGAAGACGAUUAUCACAAUGGCCAUCCUGACCUGGAGGCCGCCUCAUCAGGCCGGUUAGGAGUUGGCCGUGAUAAGAUGGUCUACAUGGCUGUUAAAAAUCCACCAAAAGAAGAGGAGGAAGAUGAGGAUGACAGUGAUGACGAUGACGAAGAUGAGAUCACUAACACCAUUGAUCAGGUUAAAAAUGGCACGACUACACCUUUUCUUCAAAUCCGAGAGGGACUUAACACUAAUCGAGUCCUUAAACCCAAACCUAAGAAAAAGAAGAAAGGAGACACGCGUCAGUGUCAGACAGCCGUUAUCAUCGGACCUGACGGGAUGCCUUUGACUGUUUACCCUUGUUACAUUUGUGGAAAAAAGUUCCGCUCUCGAGGCUUCCUCAAAUGUCACAUGAAAAACCACCCUGAUCAUCUUCUGAAAAAGAAGUAUCAGUGUACAGACUGUGACUUUACAACCAACAAGAAAAUCAGUUUCCACAAUCACCUGGAGAGCCACAAACUGCUGAGCCACAACAGUGAGCGCUCUCCUGAAUACACAGAGUACACUCGGCGUUUCCACGAGUCCAGUCCGCUCGGAUCAGAUAAGCUUAUUGUCAAGGACCGAGAGCCCAAACUACAUCACUGCAAAUACUGCGAGUAUGAAACUGCUGAGCAGGGCCUUCUUAACCGCCACCUGCUGGCGGUACACAGUAAAAACUUUGCACAUGUCUGUGUGGAGUGUGCCAAAGGCUUUCGUCACCCGUCAGAGCUGAAGAAACACAUGCGCACCCACACAGGCGAGAAGCCAUACCAGUGCCCGCACUGUGAGUUCCGCUGUGCGGAUCAGUCCAACCUAAAGACUCACAUCAAGAGCAAACACGGAGCAGACAUGCCCUUCAAGUGCAGCCACUGCCCUCAGGCCUAUGCUGACGCUCGAGAGCUGCAGCGCCACAUAGAGAUGGUACAAGGCCACAAAACCCAUCAGUGCCCCCACUGUGAACACAAAAGCACCAACUCCAGUGACCUGAAACGACACAUCAUCUCUGUUCACACCAAGGACUUCCCCCAUCAGUGCGAUGUGUGUGAGAAAGGCUUUCACAGGCCCUCAGAGUUAAAGAAACACGCAGAGACACACAAAGGCAACAAGGUGCACCAGUGCCGUCAUUGCAAUUUUAAUGCCCCCGACACCUUUACCCUUAGCCGCCAUAUUCUGUCCUUGCACACUAAGGACCUCCCUUUUAAAUGUAAGCGCUGCCGGCGAGGCUUCCGACAGCCAGCCGAGCUGAAGAAGCACAUGAAGACACAUAGUGGUAGAAAGGUUUAUCAGUGCCAGUAUUGUGAGUACAACAGUACGGACGCUUCAGGUUUCAAACGCCAUGUUAUCUCUAUUCACACCAAGGACUACCCCCACCGCUGCGACUACUGCACCAAGGGCUUUCGGCGGCCGUCAGAGAAGAGCCAGCACAUAGCCAGACAUCACAAAGAGAUGUUAAUGUAAUAUUCUGUUUAUAAACACUCCACCUGUGUCUACAGCGCGGGUCAUUUUAGCGUAUUAACAAAGAAAUGGACAUGCGUAUAUAUAUACAUAUAUAGGUUGUUGAUGAAGGCAGCAACUGUAAUUGCCGUUCUGUGUUGUAAUGGGUGUUCACCUCGUUCCCUUGGUAAUACAAGAACACAUUUUCUAUGGCGACAGUGCUGUCUAAUAAGACUGGUGUACACUGGGUGGGACAGGUGUAAAUUGUUUUCUUGCAGAAAAUCUCUUAAGAACAUAUAUUCAGGGUUUGAAAUGUCUAUAUUUUUAUACCCACUCAGCUGAAAGGCUGCAAGAUGAUGACUGUAUCCUAUGUCAGAUAGCAGUGCUUUUUAAUCAUGUAAGUUGUGCAGAAGGAGGAAAGACUACAGGAAAUGAACCUUGAUAGUACCAAUUAGUAUCUCUUUACUAACCAGCAUUACAUAACACUUUCAAUGCCUUCAAAUCCAUCUCCAACUAAGAACCUGGGGUUUUCAGUGAUGUCAAGACAAAACACAUCAUUAAAGAUGUGUGACUAAAACCAACUUUGGGUUUUUCAUAAAAUCUCAGUAAUUUAAAUUGUGUAGUAUUAUAAAGUUUAUAAUGACAGAAUAAUCAUCCAGUAGAUGCAGGUCUGCCAAUUUCUGAAAGCAUAUCUUUAGCAGCCUUUCCCAGUCAAAAGUCUGUUGCUGCUACGAGUAUCACAGAUAUUUUGUUCAUAGUAUUUAUAUUGUCCACUUUAGGUGUAAUAUAUGAAUUUGACCAAUUGUGUAAACCUUAUUCAUGAAGUUGGAAUUGACUGCCACUUUUAAGUACAUAUAUGUGAUGGUAGUAAUACAGAGGUGCUUUUUUUCUUUUUCAAUCAUGCCUUACAUCUGUUUAUUUUUAAGCACUGAUAAACCAUUGGUAAUCAGACAAUUUGAUUUUAAUUCUCAAACAUGCUGUUUCAGUACCGCUCUCCUUGUAUUUAUGUUUCAAGUCAGUAGAAAGCACUUUAAAACCCCUUAGAUUUCACACAUUUACAUUUGCCCUGAAAAUACAUUUUACAGUUUUGUGAUUGGCUGAAGGUUGCGUGUUGCAUCUCGUGGGCACAUUCUCUCUGAUCAUACUUGUUCUUAACUAAUUGUAAUUGAUGGUUUUGUUACAUGACUAAGUGAUUGAGUUUGUGUUUUGUUUGUGCGGCUCACUAACAUGUUUCCCACUCCCUGAUCUCAUGUACUCCUGUCCCACACAUGGGAGAAUUCCCUUAAACAAAGUGGUCACCAUAUUGACAUCGUCUUUAAAGUAUAAUGCACAUUCAGUAUACUGUCUCCAUGACAUCAGUUGUGGUAUAUAUUAAAACCCCUUUCGUGUACCUUAGUCAUUUUCAGUCCAAUCGUGGAUAAACUACUGGUGGGGAAAACCAAAAUAAACAAUUAUGUUUUUA